AUGCAAUUCGCCAUCAUCCUUACAACAUCCCUCAGCAUCCUCCUCACCCACGCCAUUCCGAUGCCGAACCCAGACACUAAGGCCGCCUCCCUCCUCGCUCGUGCGAACGUAGCCGACACAGGCCCAGACACUUCAUCAAUUUACCGCACCGGCUCCACCGGCUCCACCACAGAUAUUCAGGAUCCAGAUCAUAUCACGCCCGGCAGUAGUCUGCAGCAAGCCCAAGCAGGGUCAACGCCCGAGGAAAAGGAGAAGACCACGUAUAAGAAUGGGAAACCCUUCGUAGGUGGGUUAGAUCGACCGCAACUAAUAGAGGUGGUGGUGAUUAUGAGAUCUGCGCCAAGCGAGACGUGGAAGGCGCUGGAUGGGUGA